AUGCCGCCGGAGGUGGUGAUGUACGGGAACGUGACGCCGGCGAUGGGGUGCACGGUGAUCGAGUUGCUGACUGGACAGCGGCCGUACAGCGAUUGGAAUCCUGAUCACCGGCAGCACGCCGAUUCGCUUCUCCAGCAUCGGUUCGUUGCUGAUUAUGGUGUGAUUGGCAUCGGGAGCAAGAAAUUGGUGUCCUCGGCGGCGGCGGCGGCCGUGAUGAACGGUGGAGCAGCAGAAACAGAGAUCCCCUGUUGUCUCUCAUUUUCCUAUGCUUCGUCAUGA